AUGCCUAAAGCUGCCUCUGGUAAGCGUGGUGGUAAGGAGAUCAAGCGACGCAGCAAGAAGGACCCCAACGCCCCCAAGCGUGGUCUCUCCGCGUACAUGUUCUUCGCCAAUGAGCAGCGUGAGAACGUCCGCGAGGAGAAUCCUGGCAUUUCUUUCGGCCAGGUCGGAAAGCUCCUCGGUGAGCGAUGGAAGGCCCUGAACGACAAGCAGCGCACGCCCUAUGAGGCCAAGGCUGCCGCCGACAAGAAGCGCUACGAGGAUGAGAAGCAGGCGUACAACGCUGAAGAGUCAUCGUGA